CUCCGGGACUCUGAUACUGUACUGAGCUGCUUCCUCAGAAAACCUCAAAAUCUGAUUUCCAUGGCGGUCCUCGGAUCUAUGAAUCUAGAUUGAGCUGCUCCAACUUAAUUUUUCUCCUCUUUUCCAUUCCUAUUUACUAAUUUUCUGUUUUAUUGUUAUUAUUAUUAUUAUUAUUGUUUUUAUAAACGGUAGCCAUGGCAGCCCUGGCCGCUCCGAUUUCUUCUUCAUGGAUACCUGAAGAUGACCUCCUGUUGAAGAACGCCAUCGAGGCUGGUGCUUCGUUGGAAGCACUUGCCAAAGGUGCAGUUCGAUUCUCUCGCAAAUUUACUGUUAAAGAAUUGCAAGACCGUUGGCGUUCUCUACUUUAUGAUCCUGUUAUUUCUGCUGAAGCAUCUGCUCGAAUGUUUGAGGCUGAACAGUCUGGGAAUAAUCCGUUGUCAAAGUCUCAUAAAAAUGUUACUUAUUUGGACAAUGCACAAACUCCCGGUAAAAGAAAUUUUGAUAGCAUUAGAAGAAUGUAUUAUUCCAUGAGGAAGAGAAUUUGCACUGCACCUCGGAACUCAAGCAGUAUAAGUUUUAUUGAUUCAGUAAAUGCUAAUGAUUGUGUUGACUCUGGAGAUGGUUACCAAGAAGGUACAGAACUUCAUGAUGAGAACCCGACCGAGGGUUAUGCACUUCAGGGUUACAUUCAAAACCAUUUUGGGUUUCAGGAAAAUAUUCAGCAUCAUGGACCACAUGAUAUUUUGGAAGGAAAUCCGAUGAAUGAUUGCUUUAAUGAGUUUCCUGAAAAGGAGCAACCCUCAUCCAUGAAGGAAGCCGUUAUGAUAGAGAGUCUUCAACAUGAUAAUGCACGUGAAAGCUCUAUGCAUGUUGUUGCAGAGCCUGUAGUUGACUUUGGGAAAGGCUCUGGUGUUGAGGAAAUAGCACCCUGUCAUGCUUUUCCAGAUAGUCAUGCUUCAUUUAACUUGGUGGGAUAUUCAUCUCCACAGCCUCGGGCAUGUCCCUGGAAAACAAUGGAGGAUGUUCCAGCUCCUGUGAUGCCAAUAAAUGAUUGCUCCGGAGAGAAUAAAGGUUUGGAUUCUGGAGAGAGAGUUAUGCAUAUUGAUGACAUGGAUGACAAGAGAAUAAGUUCAUCUGAAUGUAAUGUUGUCAAUUCUGAACACAUGUUAAAAUCAAGACAUUCAAGUUUAGAGAUGAAUGGUUCAACUACUGCCUCAAGAGGUGAUUUCGGUGAUCUUUCAGACGGUCUGUUAAACUUUGCUGAGGAGAAUGAGAAUAUUUUCUUGGACACAGUUGGGGGAGACACACUAGAUAAAUCUUGUUAUGAUCCCAUUAAUUCACUUCUUGUAAGUUCUCCUAAUGAUGUUCAUGAAAAUGAUAUGCCAAAUGCUAAAGAACGUAAGACAUUAGUUUCAGAUACAUGCCAUGGCAUGCCCAAUGAUGAAUGUCUUGCAGAGUUUGAAAUAUUUCUUGUCAACCAGUCACAUUCUGCACAUAAAAAAGAGAGAGGUAUUUCUUGUUCUGAAGCAAAUGUGCCACCAUUGAAAUCAGUAGCAGAUAUUUCUAGUCCUGAAGCAAAUGUGCCCACAUCCACAUCACUACCAGGUCCUCAUUCUCCUGAACUUCAUCACAAAGUGAUCUACUGCACAUUGAGCACUGAAGACCCUGAAAUUCCAUGCAAUGAUCAUGUUUUCUUUGGGAAAGCUUCUGCUAUGCCUGCAUCGCAAAUAAGUUGCCAGGAGACUAGUGACCAGGCUUCCACCUUUGCCAAUAAGAAAACCAGUAAAGGAGAGCUAAGCCGAAUGAAGUCAGAAGAUAAUGUCACUCAAGCUUUUACUGCUCCCAAGUUGGGGAGACUAGACACUUUUUCAGAGACCAUUAGACGCGUCAAAGUGGAGUCUCAUGAUGCUGAAUAUCAUGCAAUGAGUGGACAGGCUAACAAUGCCCUCACAGAGCCAGGCCAACUUGGAUCAUCACAUGCAUUUGCAAGCACUGCUGCAGAUGAUGGAAUAAAGGAGGAUCCUUCACGUGCAUGUAAUGGUAAAGACAUGCAAAUGCUUGCAGAAACCAUUGGAACUGCAUUGGUUCCAGCAGAAAACCCCUCAACAUCAGAUCUGGAACAAUAUGAGAGCAAUGAUGACGUGCCUUGCUUUUCUGAUAUUGAAGCAAUGGUACUUGGCAUGGAUUUAUGUCCAGAAGAUUCAGAUUUGUGCAUUAGUAGAGAAGUUGCUAGGUAUCAACCUGAAGGUGCUAAGAGGACAAUUCUAAGGUUGGAACAGUGUGCUCAUGCUUCUCUGCAGAGGGCUGUUGCAUCUCAAGGUGCAUUUGCUGUGUUCUAUGGCCGUCGUCUGAAACAUUAUAUUAGGAAAACUGAGGUCAUGCUUGGCAGAGCAACAGAGGAUGUUGGUGUUGAUAUUGACUUAGGACGAGAAGGACGCGCCAACAAGAUUUCUAGACGGCAGGCACUUAUAAAGAUGGAGGAGGAUGGUUCCUUCCAUUUGAGGAAUCUUGGCAAGAAUUCAAUGUUUAUCAAUGGAAAAGAAGUUUCCACCAGACAGAGGAUUGGUCUUAGUUCUAGCAGUUUGAUUGAGAUUAGGGAAAUGGCAUUUGUCUUUGAAAUAAAUCACAAAUCUGUGAGGCGUUAUCUGGCAAACAUGAGCGAAAAGAAUCUAGGAAAGAAUUCCAAGUUUGAAUGGAAAGAUGAGCAGGUUCGAUGAAUAAAUAACUUCCCGUGGGUACUUUAUGUUUAAUUUCUUUUCAGCUUAUUUUGCAUAAGUAUGAUCAGAGCUCUGACAAGAAAAGAAAAGAAAAAAAAAAGAGCAUUUGGGCCGUACCCGCAUGAUUUGAUUUUCUGAUCGGAGUUUUGAGUCCUAGCCGACCAUAUAUUGUGUCAUGUUGAUACAUGUAUAAAAUAAUAGCUGAUCUUCCCUUUCAAGCAGAGAAAAUAUAUAAAGAAUAGUUAUGUAUGGUUCUAGAUUUUUAUCUCCUCUCCUUACGUCCUCUCUCUAUGCUGGUGACUGAUAUCUUCUCAGUUAAGUUCAUUGCCAUUUAGUCCGGGAGACAUAGCAUGCGCACAUGUUUUCACUCUUGCAGCAUUUCUCCCACUUGUCUAGUAGUUUUAUAACUCCCUGCAUGGUGAUACAUUCUGGUGUAACUGAAAGUAUGAUUCAGUAGUCAAAUCCUAACUGCUAAGUCCCAUAUUUUAAGCAUUGAUAUGGUUUGACCGCUUGCUGCAAAGGCAUGGUAUUUAUCGUGUUUUUAGCAAACAACUCUUGUGGUCUAGUGCCAAAAAGAGAAAAACCUGGUCUACAAUUUGGUUAUGUUAUGUGCACAUAAAUAACUCCUCAUUAAAGCUUAAUGCAAUGU